GUGGAUGAAAGGCAACAAAAUUUAGAAGCAAAGUAAUUCCAUUUGAAAUGAAAAGCGUUUUUGGUUAAUAUAAGUGAAUGCGAAAAUCCAAAACACUACUUAUCCUUUUCCCACCAUCACAAGAAACAGUGGCAGCAUCAAAAUUAGAAAACCCAUAAGUCAUGCAUCCUCAUAAACACAAAUAUAAAACAUGGUUCCAUGCAUGCAUCCCAAAACAAACCAUCAUAAUAAUGUCUGUGAGUCCACCAAGAGAAAGAAGCAACAACAAUAACAAUGGAUUCCAACUAUACUGGUGCUUCCAGUGCAACCGCAUGGUGCGAGCCGCACACGAUAACAACCCAUCCUGUCCACGCUGCUUUGGCCAAUUCAUCCAAGAAAUCAACAUGCCAACCCCAAGACUCUUUCUCGAUUUUACCCCUAACACUAACCACCCUUCUCCACAGCCCCGUCUUCUAGAAGCUCUCUCCCUCAUGCUCGAUCCCGCCUUCCAACAACCCCGUCGCCGCCCCCGCAUCCGCCGCCGCCAACCUUCCGACACACCCGACCCCCACCCUACAACUCGUCCCCGAACCUGGAUCAUUGUCCAUCCCAUCGGUGCUUCCCCCGAGGAGCUCGAAGCCAUGGUUCCGCCGCCGCGCCGCGACCGUCCGGUGGUGCCGAUCGGGGUGGACUCCAGGGACUACUUCCUUGGUCCGGGACUGAACGAGCUGAUCGAGCAGAUUACCGAGAAUGAUAGGCCGGGUCCGGCGCCGGCGGCGGAGAGAGCAAUCAGAGGGAUACCGAGAGUGAAAAUAGAAGCACAGCAUCUGAAAGAGAAUUCUCAGUGUCCGGUUUGUCAGGAAGAGUUUGAGGUUGGUGAAGAAGUGAGGGAGCUUCCAUGUAAGCAUGUUUAUCACUCUGAUUGCAUUGUUCCGUGGCUGAGGCUUCAUAAUUCUUGCCCCGUUUGCCGCCAUGAGGUGCCCGAUGGUGAUGAUGAUGAUGAAUGUGUUGCUGAGGGGAGGUUUCAGAGGUGCUUGAGGUGGACGAGGGUUUCUUCUCUUUGGCCAUUUCAUCACCACCGUCGACGUGUUCAUCCUGCUGAUCCAGGACCAGGAGAGAAUAAUAACGCUACUGCUUCUCUCAGGGUACCUAAUCCAAGACGCUCUUGCACCAUUCUUUAACUAAAGCUCAGGUGCUGAAUUCAGUUGUAAUUUAUUGGCAGCUCUGUCAUCGCAGUUUAGGCAACUUGUCAUGCUGUAAUUCAGUUGAGCAUCUUGAACUUGCACUUCACACGAGUUAAAAUUGUCUUCGGGUUUUCACGUUUCAAUCAUGUUAAAACUGGAGUUCAUCUUCACAAUAUACAAAGUUGGAGAACAGUGUAAACCGUCGUGAAAAAGGGCACUUCUCCCUGAUUCCGUGGAUGUGGCAUUUGUUUGUUAUUCUUUUAGCAUAUAAAAUGUAUAUAGCUUAAUACAGUUAAUUAAUGAAUGGCUAGAGUACAUGUUACUGCAAUAUACGAUGCCAUGUCGUAUCACAAUGUUACUUUGGUUAUCCCGUUAUAUCUAUAUGCUGUAAUUAUUAUGUUAUUAACAAUGACAGUCGUUAAAAGGAACAUAAUUAUAAUUGGAUUACUAUAAAAUUCAUUCACCGACUGAGGUGAAAUCAACAUUAAACAUUAAAGUCAUGCGUAUAUUCAUGAGAUAAAAGUUUCUAUGAAAAGACAUCUCGUCACAUAUCUUGAUAAACUGGGACUUUAAAAGUAUGAAGAAAUUUUUAAUGAGUAACAACUCUGUCU